AUGUCGACCAUCACUCGUACCCUGCGCAAUUUGCGCAAGGUCGGCUUCAAGGACUACGUUAUGCAGAUGGUGUACAUUGGCGACACCAAGGCUGGCACUCUCAUCGGCACCGAUCGCGCUGGCAACAAAUUCUUCGAGAACAACGAGGAGCUCCCGCUCCGUACCCGCUGGGUCGAGUACGCCAAGCACGACUACGACGCCGCCCAGAUCGAGCCUGGCUGGCACGCGUGGAUGAGCUACCUGGUCGACAAGCCCCCCGUGGGGGACAAGCUGCUCCAGACCGGUGGACGCCCAUUUGAGCCGACGAUGCCGAAGCCCAACUUCACAAUGACCCCGGGAGCGUUCAAGACAUAUAGCACAACCAAGUCGAAGCUUACACCGUGGCAGCCAGUUGCUGCGCAGAGGUCGUAG